CGGUCACCCAACUUGUCCCUUGAUCUCUCAGACCUCCCAGCUCUCUCACAACCAUCACCACCGAGCAACACACUCCUCAUAACAAAUCUACAGUCUCUGGAGAUCUUCACCUCCGCCGUUCUCGAGAACAUCACUCGCGCCAUCAACGACCAAGCCCAGAUCCACACAUUCGCGCCACUCAAGUCCUUCCGCCGCAUCGUCGUCAGCUUCUACACCACCGAAGAUGCAGUCAAAGUCCGGCAACUCCUCGACGGUGAGAACGUGCUUGGCAACCGGAUCCGCGUCUACUUCGGCCAGAACACCCGCAUCGACCUGGAAGACCAACAUCUGCAAGCGCCCAAGAGCCAAAAGCUCUUCUUCAUCUCUCCGCCACCGAGCCCGCCGAUGGGCUGGGAGAUGCGCAACGAGGAGCCGCCGAACAAGGAAGUCCACGCCGAGGAUCUCGCGGCCGCCCUGGCCAACCUCCACACGCGGCCGUCCCCCCACGAGGCGCUGCACGUUGAGACCGAGCGGGCAUCUGCGGCGCAGUUGGCCCACCGCCAGCGCUCGCGCAGCUCGACGCUGGUCUAUCAUCCCAGCGACCAUGGCGAUUCGCCCAACUUGCCAGCGAUCGCGGUCGAGGACACCAGUGAGAGCCCGGGGGACAUGUCGCCGGUAGAAGGCCUCGAGACUAAAUUCCCUCACACUGCUCGACCGCCGGUUGAGCUCAUG